AUGCGCGACCCUUCCUCUGUCUUGCCCAGCGUUAGAAACGCCCGCUGCCUAGAACUCAUUGCUGAUGAUCCAUCUUUUACAAACGUAGGUGUCGCCUACAUGUGUCUGGGCGGUUUUGUCGUUGCUUUUUCAAUGUUUUCCCUACUCGCUCGGGACAAGCUCUAUAUCAAUGAAGUUGUUCUCGGGACUGCUUUUGGCAUUUUAAUGGGGCCUCACUUUGCUGGUGUGUUCAAUCCCCGUUCCUGGGGUUCUCACAGCAAUGCAAUCACGCUCGAGGCGAUGCGCGUGAUUCUUGCGAUAGGCUUAUUUGCCAUUGGAGUUGAACUCCCAAAAACAUAUAUGGCAAAACAUGCGAAGAGUUUGCUCGUGAUGAUCAUCCCAACGAUGGCGAUUGGUUGGUUCAUUGUCGCUGGACUCAUCCAUUUGCUGUUUCCGCAAUUCAACUUUGUUUCUUGUCUUGCCAUUGCAGCUUGCCUGACUCCCACCGAUCCUAUCAUAAGUGCAGCCAUCAACGUUCCCAUGCGAUUACGACAUUUGCUUUCGGCCGAAUCGGCAGCCAAUGAUGGCCUAGCGUACCCCUUCUUGACAAUCGCUAUCUACCUGACUGUCGAUGCUACCAAGCGUGAAGCUAUUGGACACUGGGUUCUCGUCGGAUGCUUAUAUCAAGUGGUUCUUGGAGUUUUUGUCGGUGUUUUGCUCGGACUGGCGUUUUCUUCCCUGAUGGAGUUCUCCCAUCGGCACGGACUCAUCGACCGACAGUCCUAUGUCACGCAAUACCUCUCAUUAGCCAUUUUCGUUUCUGGAAUUGUCAGUACUUUGGGGAGCGACGAUCUCUUGGCCGUAUUCGCUGCAGGAUGUGCUAUUUCAUGGGACGGCGAAUUCACCGUGUACACUGAAGGCCAACUAUUUUCUUCAGUGAUAGACUUUGUCCUCAACUGUGUUGGCUUCAUAUAUAUUGGCGCCUGGCUUCCCUUUGAAUCAUUCACCAUUCCAGCCUUGGAUAUCACUCCAGGCCGAUUGUUGCUACUGACUAUGGGGGUGCUGCUGUUGAGACGCAUUCCACCAAUGUUGAUGCUUUAUAAAUGGAUCCCGGAAAUUACUUCCUGGAGGCAGGCCCUCUUCUCUGGACAUUUCGGGCCCAUGGGAGUAGGAGCCGUCUACACCUCCACGCUAGCAAUUCAAAAACUAACUACGCCGCAAAACCCUCCUAUAACCCAAGAAGACAUGCUUACAACGGCCUUGCACCCAAUCGUGUCGUUUGUGGUGUUGAAUUCCAUUGUCGUUCACGGCCUCUCUAUUCCCUUGUUCUCAGCUUGGUGUAACAUCCGUACGCUCUCCCUCUCCAGGACGCUCUCGUCUAUGACUACCUCGGAUUGGUUCUACAAAAAUACGGCCCAGAACGAAGCAAACGAGGAUCAAAUGUCCUUCCAUGUCACCGUUGACUUCGAGCUCCAAUCGCCUAAGGAGAGCGGGCCGAAGACUGCGACUGCUCCGUCAACUGCCACACCCGAGGUCGACGUCGACUUCCAGGAAGGGAAGAACCAAACAGAGCUCGAAAAUGUCCGCCUUGCUACAACUCCUACUGACAAUCAAGAUACGGAAACUAGUAAUAUUGCUGGUCCACCAGGAACCCCAGUUCCUGCAUUUCAAGUGCGCCCCCUUGCUGGCCAUGGUCAAUAG